UGUUUAAUCAUGUGCUAGGGAGGUGCUGUGUUAUCCAUAGAGGAGGAGGCGGCAUAUGGAUUUAAGGGUAUGUUCAUGGUAUAUUUAAGUGUAUGACUUUUUACAUACAGUAUCAGUGAUAUCCCUGCAGUGAGCACCAACCAUUUGGUUUUUUAGAGUGUUACCACCAUUAAUAUGGACAUGGUCUUAAAAGUUCUUGAGAUAACAUUGUGCGGUUAAAAUGGGUGUGGUUUAAAGGGGUGAGUGGUCAACACGUUGGACAGUACUGAUCUAGAUAGUGUGAUAUUACUUGGGAGACAUGAUAUCACUAUAGUUUUUUUGUAGGUUUGAAUUUACCUUGAAUUUCACAUUGGGGUUAAUUCUAUACUUGAUAUGUUUUAAUUUAUUUAUAUUCUAUAUUGAGCAUAUUUAUGGAGAUAUCACUUUAUAAUCCAUUGUUUAAAUGCUGAUGUGAUAAAAGCAGGAAGUAGUGUUAUGUUAGACAUCCAGUCACUCCAGCUUUUAUAGAUUACAUUUUUGGCUGACUAUAUUCAUUUUGCACAGCCUAUUUAUUUACCCAGUUUUUAUUUUUAUACUAAACAAUUCCUUUAAACGCCUUUUUACUGCACGCACAAACUAACCAGUCAGCACAAAAUGUUCCUCCUUCAAAGAAAAUCAACAGGAAGUCUGUUUAGUUCAUUAAGCAGAAAUGCUCCAGGCACAUUUCUGCAUAUUCUCUAUCCAUACUGGGAGGGAUCAGCACAUUAUUAAAAGGAAGGUUUAUUCACCAGAUCUUUCGAGGUUGGUUAAAAUGGAAGGAAAAUCUCCCGAGCACACAGGGAUAAAAAGACAAACUGGCACUACCAAGACAGAGUGUAAGAGUGAAUCCUCUGAAAGCACACCUGCAAACUCUAUAGCAAGCAGGAAAAAGAGUGCACAAGGAGAAGCUUACAAGGAGAGCAAAAGUAAAAAAGCUACAGAUGGUAUGAGUAGCAACAGGACACCAGAAAAGGCUGGCACUGGAACUAUAAAACUAAUAGUAAAAGAUGCAGAAGGCAGAAGCAGAAUGAAGGAGACAGACAAUGAUUCUGAAGCCACAACAAAAAUAACUACAGAAGGCAGGAAAAUGGAUGGGGCAAAGGAGGAAGUUGAUAAAACGCCUGGGAAUACAAUUGAAAAAACUAGUGCAGGCGGCAGAAAAAAUAGGAUAUAUGAUAAUGCUGAUAAAGCCAACAAAGCUGUGAGCAGAGCUGGAAACGCUACAAUAUGCAAAAGAAAUGAUGGGGAAUUGGAUAAUGAUGAAGAAUCUGUGAGCAAAGCUGUUAUAAAAGCUACAAUGGGUGCAGAAAGUAAGGCAUUCGAUAAAGAACCUGUAAACAAAGGCAGAAAAGCUAAAACAGGAAAUAAGGCAAUGGCUGAAGUUGACGUAGAACCUAUAAGCAAUGCUAAAAAAGCUACAACAGGCAGAGGAAAUAAGGCAGAUAAAGCUGAUGUAGAACCUGUGGGUGCAGUUAGAAAAGCUACCCCGGCUGAAGAAAAUAAAGAAUUACAUAUAACUAAUCUAGAACCUGUAAGCAAAGCUAAAAAAGCUACAACUGGCAAAGGAAAUAAGGCAUCGGAUAAAGCUACUCCGGGUGAAAAAAAUAUUGAAUUAGAUAAAGCUAAUGCAGAACCCAUAAGCAAAGGUGGGAAAGCUUAUGGAGGAAAUAAGGCAUUGGAUAAAGCUGAUGUAGAACCUGUGAGCACAGCUACAACUACAGAAGCUGAAAAAGAAAACUUGGCACAAGCGAAGCUUACUAUGCAUUUGAAACGUGCAGUGGAGAUGUUAAAACCGAGACUUUGUGAUAUAUCACCUGCAGCCGAAAAGGUGAAUAAACUGGUUAAUGAUUUCCUUAUGCCAAUCCUCUAUAAAGAUCCUGCAUUCCAAGGUACUGAGAUACUGACAACUGGAAGUUACUAUGAAAAAGUUAAGAUCUCAAAGCCAAACGAGUUUGACAUCAUGCUGAAAAUACCAUGUGAGAGACUUCACAUUACAGAGUCAAAUGUCAGUGGCGGUUACUACAUGUUGAAACUAAAAAGGAAUCCAGGACACCCUUUAACCGAAUAUGAGGAAAAUGGAAACAUUUCAGGCCAAAAAAUGCUCAAUCAAUUAAGAGAGCUAAUUAGGAGUAAUAUUAUAGGUAUUAAGGGCCAGCUAGUACUUGGAAAACAUCACGGAACUCCUGACUUGCAAGAAAUGCGCAUUACUCUUGAGAGGAAAAGCCGCACAAGUCCUGCUGUUACCAUUCUGAUAGAUGAAAACCAUGAUAAGAUAUCAGUCGAUCUUGUUCUUGCAUUGCAAGUAAAGGGUUCUUGGCCUUCAAGCACAUCAGAAGGAAUGAAAAUUGAAACAUGGCUGGGAGCAAAAGUAAAACAAGAAUACAAAUACAAGCCAAUGUAUUUUGUAGCAAAACAACUGAAAAACACAGAAGAAGUACUAUGGCGCAUUUCAUUUUCACACAUUGAGAAACUAAUUUUGAUGAACCAUGGCAAUGCAAAAACAUGCUGUGAGAGUAAACGUGACAAGUGCUGCAGGAAACAAUGUCUUAAACUGAUGAAGUACCUUUUGGAACAGUUAAACAGUAAAGGAAGCAGAAAUAUGACCCACUUCUGCUCAUACCAUGCCAAGACAGCCCUGCUACACUCCUGUACACUCUACCCAAAAGAUGAAGAUUGGAAACCUGAGCAUAUCGCUGGAUGCUUUGGCCGAUACAUUGAGUAUUUUAUCAAAUGCUUGAAGGAGGCAAACCUUCCCAACUUCUUUAUACCCUCCUUAAACCUGUUUAGUGAAGAAUUUAUUCCUAAAACUAGUCUUAAAUACUUGCGCACUAAACUUAAAGAGCAACUGAGUCAGGAUUAUCCACUAUUUGAAUCAAGAGCAACUGAGUCAGGAUUAUCCACUAUUUGAAUCACUGAGAGAAAAUAAAUUGUAGAAAAGCAAAAAAUAACAGUUAUUUCUUGCAAACUACUGCUGAAAUCAACUGUAAAAAUGGUAAAUUGCAUUUCAGCACCAGCCCUAAAUGUUGCAACUUUAUAUGUAUGUAUGUUACCCAUUAAAAUGUAAAACAGA